AUGACAGAUGAACCAACGAAACAAAAGCUAUGGGGCGGUAGAUUUACCGGAAAGACGGAUCCGUUGAUGAAUGACUUCAACGAGUCGUUGUCUUACGACAAGCGAAUGCAUAACGCAGACAUCAUUGGAUCGAUCGCCUACACUAAAGGUCUACGACGCAUCGGCAUUCUGACCCCCGACGAGGAAACCAAAAUGAUCAAUGGUCUAACGGAAGUUGGCAAGGAAUGGCAGGAGGGCCGAUUCCAAGUGAAGCCAGACGAUGAAGACAUUCACACUGCAAAUGAGCGUCGACUUAGUGAACUCAUUGGCCCACUGGGGGGGAAACUUCAUACUGGACGUUCACGGAACGACCAAGUCGCGACGGAUAUGCGACUAUGGCUCCUCGGAGAAGUGAAAAUCAUUGAAGAGAGUCUGAAGGCGCUCAUUCGAGUCAUAGUCGAGCGCGCAGAUAAGGAGAAGGAUAUUCUUAUGCCUGGAUACACCCACCUUCAACGAGGGCAACCCAUUCGUUGGUCUCAUUUGCUUCUGUCGCAUGGGUUCUCCUUCAAAUCCGACCUCGACAGACUUAAGCAGCUUGUCCCUCGCAUUUCUGUUCUGCCUCUUGGCUCUGGUGCUCUUGCAGGGAAUCCUUUUUGCAUCGAUCGCGAGUUCCUGGCUAAAGAAUUGGGAUUCGACUCUGUUGCCGAAAACAGCUUGUGGGGUGUUGGAGACCGUGACUUCAUUGUCGAAUUCAUGAUGUGGUCCAGCUUGGCCAUGACACAUCUCAGCCGUAUGUCAGAGGACCUCAUUAUCUAUUCCACCGCAGAGUUUGGAUUUGUCACAUUGAGUGACGCGUAUAGCACCGGCUCGAGCAUGAUGCCUCAAAAGAAGAACCCGGACUCCCUGGAGCUUUUGCGAGGGAAAUCUGGACGUGUUUUCGGAAAUAUGGCAGGUUUCUUAAUGACCUUGAAAGGUUUGCCGUCCACGUACAACAAGGAUCUUCAAGAAGAUAAGGAACCUCUAUUUGACGUCGUCGAUACUAUCCAUGCCGCAUUCAAAAUUGCCGAGGGUGUCGUGGCUACGUUGGAGGUUCACGCUGACAAAAUGCGUCAAGCUUUGACAAUGGAUGUGCUCGCAACCGACCUCGCUGAUUAUCUUGUUCGUAAAGGGAUGCCCUUCAGAGAGACACAUCAUAUCUCCGGCAGGGCUGUUGCUCUAGCGGAAGCCCGACAAUGCCAAAUUAACGAACUGUCCUUACAAGAUUACAAGAGUCUGAGCGACAAGUUUACCGAGGACGUUGUAGAUGUUUUCGAUUUCGAAGCAAGCGUUGAGAGGCGGCAAGCUAUUGGUGGGCCGAGUCGUGUCAUGGUGGAUAGACAGGUGGCUGUCCUUCGGUCCGCCUUGUCGCAGUAA